UUGCUUAAGACGUUCACACUGACCACAUCAAAUAGUCAAUGACUUUGAUAUAUCCUUCAUCUCAAUUAUGAAAGGCAUAUCAAGCAGCCGCAGCCAUCAUCAUGGGGUUGUUUGUGAUUCAGUAUGUGACACCUUGCCUCAUCACACAGACAGAAAGCCAUAUUUGAUGAAUCCAGUAGAUCCUCAUCCUGCAGAUCAUCCCUACUAUGCUCAAAGGAACUCCUAUCCAGUAGAAUGCAUGAUGUCCUAUGGGGAUCAGAUUUCUAGUAGUACUUUUCCAAGGAGACAUUACAGUUCUCACCAUGAGCUUAAGGAUGAAUGUGCACUAGUCCCUCAUGGAACAGUUGGAAAAGGUAACCGCCUUCCUACCAAUCUCUUGGACCAAUUUGAAAGACAAAUACCUAUCAAUCGAGAUGGCUAUCACACGUUGCAAUACAAAAGGAGUGCCGUGGAGCAUCGUGGUGACAGUCCUGGUAGAAUACGUCACUUAGUUCACUCUGUUCAGAAACUCUUUACAAAAUCGCAUUCUCUUGAAGGACCAAUGAAGGGAAAUAGCAAUGGAAGCAAAGCCAGCCCAGAUGAAAUGCAAACCGUGAGAUAUGGCAAGAGGAGUAAAAGCAAAGAAAGAAGAGCUGAAAUGAAACCAAGAACAAACAUUUCAGGGUGGUGGGGAUCACAGGAUAAUCUAGACAAUGAUGUUUGCAUGUACCAUGCACCCUCUACAGUCAUGACUAUGGGUAGAUGCCCGGAGCGUUCUGCAUCUCAGUAUUUCAUGGAGGCUUACAAUUCACUUAGUGAGCAUGCAUUAAAGUCAUCAAGAAGCAAUAAUGAUGUGAAAUGUAACUCUUGUACAACAAAUUUACCCGUGAGUUUACCUGUAAGUUUGGACAGCCAGAUGUUGAAGAAAAGUUCUUGGGCAUCAGCGCUCACAGUAAGCAGGGCGCGGGAGGUGUAUCAGAAACCUGCAAUAAACAUGGAACAGGCAAUGGUAAAGUCUGAGUCUUGUCAACCAGAGAGGUCAUUUCAGUAUCUACAGGUUCCCCAGGAUGAAUGGAGUGGAUAUACCCCCAAGAGUAAUGAGGAGAUUCCAUGUCGACGAAUGCGCAGUGGCAGCUACAUUAAAGCCAUGGGAGAUGAUGACAGCGGAGACUCCGACACAAACAGCCCAAAGCCAUCUCCAAAGAUUGCAGCACGGAGAGAGAGCUAUCUUAAGGCUACCCAGCCAUCGCUUACAGAACUCACCACUCUCAAAAUUUCAAAUGAACAUUCUCCAAAGCUCCAGAUCCGUAGCCACAGUUACUUGAGAGCAGUGAGUGAAGUUUCUAUCAAUAGGAGCAUGGACACCCUAGACCCAUCAAGCCUUCUAGCAUCUCCUAAAUUUCGCUCUAGAAAUGAGAGUUAUAUGAGAGCCAUGAGCACAAUCAGUCAGGUUAGCGAAAUGGAAGUCAAUGGUCAGUUUGAAUCUGUCUGCGAAUCUGUUUUUAGUGAACUUGAAUCUCAGGCAGUAGAGGCUCUGGAUCUUCCCAUGCCUGGUUGCUUUCGAAUGAGAAGCCACAGCUAUGUUAGAGCAAUCGAGAAAGGAUGUUCUCAAGACGAUGACAGCAUAAUACUAAGACCAUCAUCACCUCCACGCACAACAACUACCGUACGGACAAUCCAGAGCAGCACUGUAUCUUCAUGCAUCACCACAUAUAAAAAGACACCUCCUCCGGUACCACCCAGGACAACAACAAAACCUUUCAUCUCCAUUACAGCUCAAAGUAGUACAGAAUCUGCCCAAGAUGCCUAUAUGGAUGGACAUGGACAAAGGGGGGAUAUGGUUAGUCAGUCAGGGCUCAGUAAUUCCACUGAGAGCCUGGACAGUAUGAAAGCACUUACUGCUGCUAUUGAAGCUGCCAAUGCUCAGAUCCAUGGCCCAGCCAGCCAACACAUGGACAACACCAUGACAGUAAACUCUACAUCAACUGUUGCCACCAUCACUGCAGACGACAGGAAAAAGAAUCAGUUCAGGAAAAACCUAUCCAUUGGCAUACAGGUUGAUGGGCCAGAAGAAGUCGCUAACGCAGAGCAGAGAGAAGCAGCUUACCGAUAUCAGUCGGUAGGAAUUCAAGUAGAAGAAGAAAGAGCCUCCCGCAGGCUCCUACUGGAACGCGACUGCUCCCUCACACCCUACGGCACUCCAGCCAGUGGUCACAGCCUCAUGAAGUCAAUGCAGGACGAUGAGUACUGCAUUGUAAGUGAGGACACCAAGGCCAUGGCCGCAAACCGAGCAUGGGAAAGAAAAGGAGAGCAUCGGCUACCAGGGAAGCAAGAGGUAAGGUUGCGAAGACUGACCCGAUCAAAUAGUGUUACUGCUGCUGUGCAAGCAGAUCUGGACCUCAGGGAGCAUUUUGAAUGUCCAGUGGAACUGGCUGAACAGGAAUUUCAAUUUAGUCGGCCACUGACCAAGCAGUAUUCUCGAGAUGCUUGUACCUCCACAGUCAGCAUCCAGGGCUCAGGCAAUCAUUAUCACGCCUGUGCAGUGGAGGAGGACUUUGAUGCUGAUUUUGAUCCUUCCAUACUACCUCCUCCAGACCCUUGGAUUGAUUCCAUUACUGAAGAUCCAUUGGAAGCAGUUCAUAGGUCAGUUUGUCACAGAGAUGGACAUUGGUUUCUAAAGCUUCUGCAGGCAGAAAAAGACAGGAUGGAGGGAUGGUGCCAACAAAUGGAAAGUGAAGAACAGGAAAAUGAUCUGCCUGUUCCUAUCUUAGAGAAGAUUCACAGUGCGGUCGGAUGUGCCCAGCUCUUGAUGUCACAGAAAUUCUACCAGUUUAGAGAGCUGUGUGAGGAAAACCUGAAUCCCAAUGCUCACCCCAGGCCAACAUCUCAGGAUUUAGCAGGGUUUUGGGACAUGUUACAACUGUCUAUAGAAAAUAUUAGUAUGAAAUUUGAUGAACUUCAUCAGCUUAAAGCCAACAAUUGGAAACAGAUGGAUCCCAUUGAUAAAAAGGAGAGAAGGGCCCCUCCUCCCGUGCCAAAGAAGCCAUCGAAAGGUCAGGCCCCACUGGUCCGGGACAGAUCUCUGGAAAGCACAGAGAGACAGCGGCAUGAGGCCCGGAAGCGGCUGAUGUCUGCAAAGCGUGCUGCGUCUGUCCGGCAGAAUUCAGCUACCGAAAGUGCGGACAGUAUUGAAAUCUACAUCCCAGAGGCUCAAACCAGGCUAUGAAGCCAUCACAAGUGACACUGGGGGAAUAUUAUAUAUACCUAUAUAUAUAUUUAUGACACAGAGUAACGUAUAUAAUAUAUCCUCUAGUUUGGUUUGGAACCACAAUCAUGUGUAUAUGAUUUUUUUUUGUAUACUUCUGUUUAUAUUGCUUUUUCUCUUCUUUCUGUCAUUCCCACCCUUCUAUCAUACAUUCUUCUAAAUUGUUGUGUAAGCAAACAGUUUUCUGAAGCUAUGAUCCUGUCCUCCCCACAUACCCACCUUUAUAACAAUCUGUGGGCACUAAUCAGUGCUGUGUACUCUGCACAAGGACCUCCUUUUAUUUUAUAUGUGGAUAAAAUAAAAGAAGAACAAUCCUCUGUAUAGAACUCCUCGCAGUGCCCCAUUUCACACUCUUUUUGUCUAGAGCUACAGUAGUCUGUAAUCUAGUGUACAGCAAUAGAAAAUUGUAGGGUAUACAGUACUGUGGACUCUGAUGUCUUCCUAUUCUUAAUGUGAAAAAGCAUGGGCUCGAAUUCCCACUUCUUUUCUAUGUAGAGCAGAUGGAGCACUUUAUUGUAGGCCACAGACGCACCUAUCCCCAAAGGCAACAGGUGACAGAGGAGAAUAGCUGAGCUAGUAAAAGAUGUUGGCAGAGAGGGCAGGUAACUGAUCUGUGCACACAAAGGUUUUCACACCUGCCUUUAUGAUGGCUAGCCACAUAAAUACAUAACAUGCAUAUGUUAUUACUGUGAUCUUGAAUUUACGGGAAAAAAUGUUAUUAUGCAAAAAAAAAAAGUUGAUUUCAUGUUAUACAUUUGGCAAAAGAUUAACCUAAUGAAAAUGCAAUAAAAAAUUACUGAAUUUAGGUAUUUAUUGAAA